AUGCGCAUCAUGACGAGGCUCUCAUAGUCCCUCUCAGACCGCACCGAACCCUGCGGGGACAGAGGGAGGACACGGAGGUGUCAGGGCGGCGGGGCACAGCCCCACGGAUUCCAGCCUCGGAGGACAAGGCCUAGGCAGAGCCGCCGCCAAGAGUCAAGGAGGGAGGAUGCCCAGGAAGGGAAGGACCCUGGAACAUCCUGCAAUCCCAACUCACCCAUGUUCCUUCAGAGUAAGCAGGCCUUUGGCCCCAGGCCAGCUUCUCAGCUGGCUCCCCUUCAGCCCAUCUCAAGCAGCUAUGACCUCACCCCGCCUCCCCUUUCCCAGGCCCUUCACAUCUACAGUCAGCUCAGGUGAAUCACUUCCUCAUGCUCUAGCCAGGCCCUCAUCUCCCUUCAUUUCCUCCACCCCAUGGCUUCUGCUUCUCACAAGUUACCAGUGAAGGGGGGUUGUCAGAGGCGCAGAAAUACACUCCACUCUGCCAGGUGGAGGUGAGAGCGCUGACCCCUCCCAGCUGCCCACCCUCCCUGUGGUCUGGCUCCUGCUGAGGAUGCACAGGGAGCCCUGCCGUAGACAAAGCCUCACUCAGCCCCACCCUAGGAGAGAGAAACAAGCAUGAGGCCAGCUUGCCUCCUAAAAAUACACACCAGGGCUCCUGGAGGGCAGGGCCCGUGGCUGUUUCUUUUAUGAUCUUGCCCGCACAGUGUGGGGGACUGAACGGUGCAGUAUUUUCAUAAUCAAAAGGAUAAUAAACGACCACCUCAGUGGGCCAAGGCUGUGGCGUGGAGAGGCAGCUCUACAGGAGAGCCCUGCGCCACCAACGCCGUGCCCUGAUAAGGUCUGUAGUGGCACUUUAACCACUUCCUCCGCGCAGCUGAAGCUGCGUGAAGAAGUAUGAAGCCCACCAGAGUUGGCACAGAAGGGAGCCAGGCCAGGGGGGCUUCACAGUAGAGAGCUGCUGAGGCCUGUUUCGCAGUACCCCAAGCUGAUGCACCUUCGUGGAACGGGCCAGGAAAAAAGUUCGGUGGUCAGUGACCCAGGGAAUUAGAAGGGAGUGGCUGGGGUUAAGAUGCCAGGCCCUGGCCAACUGGUUUGGAGUCAGGGGUGUACAGAACCAGGAAGUGUUACCCAGCCCAGAUCCCCCUGCCCUUCCCGACAGCCCCAAGCCUCCUCCUCUCUCCCAGGCCUCCGCGGCUCCUAAGAGAAUUGCCCUCCCAGCCAGGCCCACCUCCUAGCCUUGACCCAGCCCCUUCCCCAGAGGCAGGACCCCAAAUGAGGCCCAGGCAGCCCCACAGGAAGGCAGGACACUGGCUCUCAAAUGUCCUUUCCUGCCCUGAGGCUAUGUGGGAAAAUCGAGGAAGGCUGAGGAAAUGGAGCAGCCAGGCUUGCUGUCAGGCCAAGGGGAGGGCAAUUCUCCCCACCCCCCGCCAAGGUAAUGCUGCUCUGCUGAGAAAACCUGAAGUCACCCUCGGCACGCCCCGAGCCUGGCCCUGGGAGGAGCCAGCCCUUUAUAGGCACAGGGCUGCUCCCUGUUAACACACCCUCUGCCUCCUUCCUUCCCCCCAUCCCUGCAGGCUGUGCUAAUGAGGGCUGGUCACCGGGGCCCCAGGGCUGAGUCACCCACACCAGCGACAUGCCUCUUCCUUCCCCAGCAGUCGGCUCCCACCUCCCGGAGCUCCUCACCCCACACCCACGGGGGCUGGGGCGCCAGGCCUGCCCGCGAGGGCGCAGGGCAUUGGGCUGUGGAGGAAGAGGCGGCAGCGUGGUGACACACAAAGCAGGGCUGCCCCAGACGGUCCCCAGAGGAAUGUUAGGCUCCCCGGUGCCCUGGGGCGUUGCCGCUGCCCCAGUCCCUGCCUGCGGAUGCUGCAAUUACCUCAGAGCAUGAGACCAGCCUCCCACCUGACUGAGUCAGCCGAGGACAACAACAACACGUCUCCACCGCCACACACUGGCACAAACAGCCGAGCCACUAAUCAGUCUGGGAGCCAGCAGCGGAGAGGCCGGCCCCCGCAGGGCCAGGAGAGGGCGAGGAGCCACCUCGGGUCGCGCCGCAGCUGCCCUCGCUCCGGCCCCACGGAGCGGAGUGCCGUUUCUUCCUCCUGGGGUUUUUCCACUGCCCUAUCAAGUAACCAGGCCACUCCUGUCCCUCUGGGAAACUCCGGUCGCCAGGAACUCUCAGCUUCUUCGGCUCUCCUGGACACGCGGCCGAAGGUCCCUGCUGGGCAGAAACCCGGAGGCCUCUGCUUCUGCCAGCGAAGGCUGCCUCCCUGAUUCUCGCCGUUCACUUCCAGCGGGACCAGAUGGCCCCCAGCUGCCCUUGAACCGGGCUUCUGAGGUACCAGGCUUGUCUGCUGGCUCCCCGGGGCCCCAUGGAGAUCUGGCGGAAAGGCUCCUUCCGCAGCGCCUCCUUCUUCAAGCGGCUGAGCCUGCGGCGGCCGCGGAGACUGCGGCGACAGGGCAGCGUGCUCAGCCAGGCCAGCACCGCUGGAGGGGACCACGAGGAGUACAGCAACCGCGAGGUCGUCCGGGAGCUGCGAGGGAGGCCAGAUGGCCGGCGCCUGCCACUGUGGGGGGACGAGCAGCCCCGGGCCACCCUGCUGGCCCCGCCCAAACCCCCGCGCCUCUACCGAGAGAGCGCCAGCUGCCCCAACAUCCUGGAGUCCCCAUCUACCUACGCCGCAACCUACUCAGCCACCCUGCCCUCCGCGCUCUCCCUGGCAGACGCCCUCCACCAAUACUCUGACGAGGACCUUUUGGACACGCCCCCCUGCCAGAGGACACCUGCUCCGGACCUCAGUGAUCCCUUCUUCUCCUUCAAAGUGGACCUGGGGAUUUCACUUCUUGAGGAAGUUCUACAGAUGCUGAGGGAGCAAUUUCCCAGUGAGCCCAGCUUCUGAAUGGGGGGAGGGUGGGCAGAGGUGGGUGAAAGAGCCAGAAGCCUGGGGACCCAGAAAAGGAGGGGACAGUCGUGGAUUAAGGUAGGGAUAGGAAUCCAGGUCCCUGCCUUCCCUCUGGGUCCUGAACAGUUCUCUGAGUCACCCCAGAGUGGAAGGACAGAGGUACAGAGGCAAGCUGGAAAUGUGAGGGCCACCUGCUGGCAGGAGCCCUGAAGGCAGCUAGCUAGGCUGGGAAAGGGAGGCCACGCCUGCAACCACAGGGACCAGGCAGAGGCCAGCAGACAGGGAGGGAGGCAUAAGGGGUGAGUCCGGGAGUGGAGGACGCGCAGACUGGGCACGACAGAUGGGUGCCCUGCGCCAGCUUCCUCUGAAGCCACUGUCAACAGAACGAGGUUAUAGGACAGGUCUGGGCAAAAGUGGUCCAAUCCAGGCUGGAGAGGAAAGUGGGAGACCUAAGGGGAGAGGGAUGAAACAGGCGUGACCUUGUACAGUAUGGUAGCCACUAGCUGCACGUGGUUGUUUAACUGAAAUUAAAUACAAUUAAAAAUUCAGCCCUCAGUCACACUAGCCACAUUUCAGGUGCUCAACAGCCACAUAUGACUAACGGCUACCACACUGGACAGCGCAGAGUGAACGGUAACAUCACUGGAGAAAGUUCUACUGGGCAGCACAGGCCUAGACC